AACACCCUAAACUAAACCCCACCAAGAGUACUUUUCCUUGUAUUUAUAAAGACCAAUCUUGGUUAUCUCUUUCUCAUACCAUCCCUUGAUUUAGAAUAGAACCAUCCUUUUUUUUCUCUUCAUUUUUGUACUUGGAAGCCUAUAAUAACAUAGUGUUUUACCUUCUUCAGCAUCAAUUGCUUUGUAACUUAACCUUUCUUUAGAUGGCAUCAUCUUGGACUCCAAGGCAAAACAAACUAUUUGAAGAUGCUCUUGCUAUAUAUGAUAGGGACACCCCCGACAAAUGGCAGAAUGUGGCAAGAGUAGUUGGAAAAUCCGUUGAGGAAGUUAAGACUCACUUUGAGAUCCUCAAAGAAGAUGUCAAACGCAUUGAACGUGGACAAAUCCCAUUGCCUAAUUAUACAGGUAUAAUUAUACAGGUUCUCAAUGAUCCAGAGAAACCAGAAUGAAUAGAGGAUUAGCAAACUCAAUAUUGUGGUGUGUUCCUCAUAAGUAAAUGUAUUAGCAACAGCAAGUCCUAAAGGACCUUGCUUCUGUGUAAAAUAUAAGUUAUUUUCUAGGUCAUGUUGUUGAACAAUAAGUGACGGUUUCUCAAAUAAGGAGUUUGCACUGUAAAUUACCAUGUUU